UUCUACAGCAAAACUACUGAUUCCUCCGCUUCUUCGACCGGUGCGACCGGUGAGCGAUGUCACCAUGAGCGGCAAAUAUGUCUAUCUUCCGGAGGAUGCGCAGGAUCUGCUCCACUUUUUCCUUGGCGCCAAGCCGGACUGGAGCUCCACCGAACGCCGCGCCGUCUUCGCCAAGCUGAGCGCCAUUGAGAUCCGAGAUGUUUCUGGAUUGCUGUGUGCACUCCAGGCGGAAGGAGAUCGAUCGUUGAAUGCCAAGCUCAAAUCUGCUGGCCAAAAGCCCUUCCAUUGGCAAACGCUGCAGGCAUUUCAGCAGCAAGCCCUUCAGCAGAGCUCCGACAGUCAGCUGGUGCUGCAUAGCACCUCAAUGGGCUGUUUGGAAGCGACCAAGGCGCAGGUGAGACCACCGCCUCCUGGGACCUCGGAGUCGCCCAACUGGGAGGCGCCAGCUUCAGCCGGCUGGUGGCGCGUGGUGAGCAAACCCACCGUCUGGGCCCACUGUGCGCCGGACACCAACUCAGCUCACAUCAGCAUCCAUUGCUACGGCAAGCUGCUGGCGAUGACUCAAAUGAGAUAUGAUAUCUCCUUUGAUGCUUAUUGGUUGAAGCUGCGCGAUGAAAAGAGCUGUGAGGGCACUGGCCAGUGGAUUCUAUCCAAUGUCAGCAGGGCAUAUGGUCCUGACUCUGGGGUAUCCUUCGGUGAUUUGCUUGAAAAAGUCUCCGAACCCGGGAUCGUCCCCAGUGCUGUGGCUCGAGAAUCGCAUCGCUUGUCGGUCAAAGCAUUCCAAGUUGCACAAGCGACGCAUCCGACGCAGCUUCCAAAGAGUCAGAAUGGAAGUCUAUGGGGCGAGUUGCAUCAGAAACUGCUGGACAUGGUGAAUGCUGCUUAUCAAUCCAUCCUCACAGUUGGAUGUCACACCCUACCCUUCGCGGGGGAGCUUCUACCUGAGCCCUUCGGCCCGAAGUUGUCCAGCACCAUUGAGCAGCUGUGCUCUGAGAGCUAUGUGGUGCUGGAUGAGUUUCUGGAUGCGGAACACACAAAGAGCUUUGUGGAGGAGGUCAGGGGAGUCCAUGAAAGUGGCAAGAUGGAGAGAGCUGAUCCACACCAAGCGACCUCUGGUCAACGUGACGACUAUAUCUGCUGGAUUGACGAGACAAAGAUGGGCAGCUCCCCCGCUCUGCAACGAGCCAUCCGAAUGUUGAAGGCCGUGGCCCACGCCUUGUCCCCCGCACUCUCGCACCUCCACCUUCAGCGGCAAGCUGCCGCCGACCCGGCGCAUCUGGCGGACUGUGCGCCGCCCGCCUCGCCGGACGCGGUGUUGACGGUGCCACCCAAGGCCAUGUUGUCAUGCUAUCCUGGAAAUGGUUCGAGAUAUAUUCCUCACACCGAUUCCAAAUACUUGGAAAAACUGGGCGCGAAGAGCAAUCCACGGGAGCUCACGGCCAUUGUCUAUGCCAAUCCUCCUGAUUGGACUGAAGUUGAUGGUGGUGCCUUGAAGAUCUAUCCGCACUCUCAGGGCCUUGAGAGCUGUCCAGAUGAUAUGUGUCAGCCUGCCGUUGUUGAGCCGCUUGGGGGCCGCCUGGUGGUCUUCUUUUCGGACCUCUGGCACGAAGUGUUGCCGGCCUUUCGUCCACGGAGGGCGCUGACGCUGUGGAUCUUUCGGCCAACGGUGAAAUGCUGUGCGUCCAGUGGGGGGGGUGUGCCGACUUUUUUCACGCCAGAGCCUUGGAUCGUGGGAAAGAUGAGGCAUGGGCGGAACGUGAUACCUCAGCCAUCCUCAGCCUUGGCUCAAAAAUCGGGAUUCUGCCCGACCCAAAGGGACCCAUUGAUUUCACGGCCAAAGUGCCGACGGUGCCGAAUGCGUCCACGAAGCAGCAGCGAUACCAUGGCUCGCUUGCAGGAAUAUCAGCAGAACACAGCCUUCGUGGGUUUCAUGGGCUUGGUAUGUACAUCUGCGAUCGUCUAUUUGUCCCGCAACCUGAGUGAAGUGCUGGUGCCCUUGAUGUGGGCCGCCUUCUCUGCCCUGCCGUUGACGGGCCUGAUCUCCGUCUUGAACCCGAUGCUCAUCAAAGUUAUGAGGUGUUGCAGCAUCCGGCAGUAUCGACCGGCACGCAAAGGGUCCGAUGGAUCGCAUCCGAAGCCCUACCAUUUGAACCGGCAUGUGGAGUUUCAUGCAAACGCCGGGGAGGACUUUCUGCGUGUUCCCAAGGCAGACGGCGAGCUGCUACUAGAGGAGGCCAAUGAGCCAGACUGGGUGCUUUGCCCAAAGUGCUUCUAUGUUCAAUUCUGCUGCCGCCGGCGCGUUCGCGUCAAGGAGCUCGAGGUCGUUUAUUCGCAACAGCACCUGCAACAGGACGAUGUGGAUCGGCCCAAAGUUCCAGAGAGGGAAGUGAACCGCAUCGUGGAUUUAUGGGAAUACUACAUUCGACGGGCUGAAGAAGAUCCAGGUACUGGGCCCGACGUCUUCAUCAAGCUCUACUUGGAUCACUCGGAACACUACCCGGCCCUGGUGAAGCCACUACCCAGCGAGGUACCUGAUUUGAGAGGCCUUUUGGAGGUGGAUAGCACCCAUGCCGUGUCCUACGUGAUUGCCACAUUGGUGGCGAUGGCCUUUGUGCUGUUGUGCUUGGGGACCUUUGUUUGGCUUAUCUCCGUUGGGGCCAACAGUCUCACUGACAAUGUGGGCGCCUACCUCCGGGGAGGUCGUGAGUUCAUCGAAUGGGUCACCUACUAUUCCCAGGAAGUUCUUCCGAAAGAGAUCACCAAAGACCUUGACCACAAGGCCCAAGCGUAUUUGGAUGAACAUGUGCCCAUUUUGGCCUCUUCACUCUUGACAAUGGUGGAAGGUCUCGGCUUUGAGAUUGUGCUCUACACUCUGUACCUCUUGUUUUGGACCCUGGAGCCUUUACCCAUCAACCGAGAGGUGUCCAAUUUGUUCAAGACGUAUCUACUGCAGAAAUCGUUGGUCUGUUUGCUCUUCGCUGCACUGAACAGCAUCUUAUUGCUCUGCCUACACUGCGCACUGUGGCACAUCCUCUUCCUGGUGGCCUUCUUGUUGAACUAUAUUCCCGAGGUGGGCCCCAUUGUGGUUUACAUCUUAGUCCUGCCUUUACUUCUGCUGGAUGGCAACCAGACACUUGAGCAAAGGGGGAUGAACUCAUUGAUUUUCACCUUGUCCUUCUUGAUCAUCAAGUUCGUGACAGGCAAUAUCAUUGAGGUGCAGCUUUAUGCCAAAUCCGGAGGAGAUUUGAUGCGAAUGCAUCCAGUGGUGAUGCUGGCGUUGAUGAUGCUUUUCCAGUCCUUGAUGGGUAUGACAGGCAUGUUCAUGACGGUCCCCGUGAUGGCUGCCGCAAAAUACUACAUGCUCAGCAUGAACAUGCCGGCAUCAGUACUGGAUCCCCUCUUGACAUGUAUUGAAGGUAGUCAUCAAGGUCCACAUAUGAACUUUGUGGAGCAGCAGCGGGCAAGGGCAUCAGAUGAGGAUGAGAGCCGCAUCGCAUGGGUUUGUGACGGUGGCCCCACGGGGGGCAGAUGGAGUUGCCCCAAAUGUGUUCCCAAGGGGUCGAUUUCAAUGACGGUGACUAGCGGCCUGUCCAUGGUGAACCUGCUGCUGGAAAUCUACGGCAGAUACCGCGCCAACCAUGAGGUGAAGUCCAAGGAGGUGGAGAACCUGGCUCAAGUGCUCCAGCCCUUCACGGAGCAUGUGACGGUGGCCGGCUAUGACACAGCCGAAAACUACCUCCCUCCAGAGGAGUUCCCACGUGAGAAGUAUGCUUCGCACUCAGAGUGGUAUUGGAUACCCGUCGCUGGAUCAGCCACCAAGCUUAGCAAGCCAAAGAAGGAUGCCUCCAUGAAGAAGGUGCUGCAGUUUCUCACUUCCCAUGCACCGGAGCUGCAGUUGUCAGUGCCGGAGCUGUUUGCGAAGUGGGAGGCUGCCAUGAAGGAUGGGUUUAUUCGUGAUGCCACUCCCCCGGGCUUGGAGGAUUUUGAGGCCUUAGCCGUUGCAGCACCGCUGCGUUUCAAGCACCCUCUCAGCGGUGUCUUUGGAGACUCAACUGGUGUGCUUUGUUGCCCAGAAGAUUUGAAAGACAUGGCGGAGCCAGGUGGUAAGUCCACCUUGACCAACGCGGUCAUCGGGCGAGAGUUGCUGCCCACAUCUUCCCAGAGUGAGACGCGUCAGUGUGAUGUUCGCCACUUCCUUUCUGCUGCUAUUCUCCAACUGCCAAGCAGUUGGGAACUUGGAGGGUUCUUUGCCAUGGACAUCGUGGUGUUGCAGGGCAGAGUAGAGCAGCCUCAGACGCUGAAGUUGCACCAACUUCCAGUUGUUGACAAGGCUUGCCCGCACUGCUGCUACCACGGUGAGAAGGAAGUUCCAUGUUUGGAUGUGGAGCAAUGUGCCAAGAAUGGCCCUGCUCAUGGAAAGUAUGCCAUUGCCAUGUCCUUCGUGGGUCGGCCGAAAGAUCAGAUGCUGCCCUACAUCAAAUCGAUGCAGGCCGCCUCGAAGUUGGCCAACAAUGCCGACCUGCUGAUGGUGAUGAUGAAAUCCGACAGCAAACAUAUGACAGCAUAUCAGAAGGAACUCUUUCAGAACCAUAGCGUGAAGUUGGUGGAUGUGGACUGGGAUACGCCUCCGAAGAUGAAGGGCUACAAGGAGGGAGGUUGGUGUGGUCAUCAAGAUUUCAUCCGACUGCAUGUUCUUGGCAUGGAGGGCUAUGAUGCCAUCGCAUACUACGACACGGAUAUCGAGUUCCAGGGCGACAUUAGCCCAGUGCUGAAGUGCGCAGCCUCUGGAAAGUUCUUGUCGACCAACGGAGGAGUUGGUGAGCCAUUGAACGUCGGGUUCUUCGCAUUAAAACCCGACAAGCGCUUGUUCCAAGCUGCCUUGAACUUCGCCUUGGAUGCCAACUUCUCGACCAAGACCAGCUGGGGCGAGAUGGGCUGGGCACCUGCAGGGGGAUAUUUCAUUGGUGGCGAGUGUGGGCAAGGCUUUUGGUAUGCGCUCUUCUACAAGAGUGGCGGAGCUGCUCACAAGGCCCUGCAUUCUGUGGGUUUGUCUUCGGUCGAUGCGGCUCAGAUCGAUCGUUGCAUUUGGAAUUACCAGACCAGCUACAUGUGCAAGAAAGACUUGGAUUGCAGCCGGGUACGCGUUCAUCACAAGCCAACCCGGAAGACCAACGCUCGAACGGAAUGUCCCGUAUCCCGCAGAUUCGCCGUGACGAUGUGCGGCGGAAAAGGACUUCCGUCAUCACUUACGUCGUACCUCUGCAAGUUGGAGAGGCAUUGCUAUCAAGAUGCCAAGCUUCAACCCGUGGCCGAAGGUGAUCAAGCCGUUCAAGAUUACCUGGAAAAGUUGAACCUUGGCGCGCGUACUGUGCUUGGGACGGUCCAGUGCGUCGAAUGCCGACUGGAUUGUCCUUUGCGGGAUUCUCUGAAUGUGUUUGUUCCUCCAGCUGCUGAAUGGCAAGAUGUUCAAUUUCUGGACAUCGGAGGUGCCAAUGAGAUUUUGAACCCGGCAGUGCAGAUCUGUGCUGAUUUGGCCUAUGCUUUAUCUCACAGACUAAUUGUCUGUGUAAGGCAUGAUCAGAUCACCUCAAGGGCUACACAGCAGCUGCUGUUGGACAUCCGAGCCAAGGCGCCCUAUCAUUUCAGUGACGAUGUGGCGAGACAAGACCGAUGUCCAUUGAUAUUUGCAAUUACUCAGGUGGAUCAGGUUCUGGAGGAGGAGAAAGGAGAGAGGUGGGAAGUUUUGAGGCAAAGUCUCCGCGCGGUUCUCCACAGGACCUUGAGCGAUUGCGUGGAAUUGUCACAGCUCAUCCCCAUCGUCCUGGUGAGCGCGAAGAACUCUUUGGACACUUUGCAAUCUGGCACCAGCAAGCCGCAAUAUGAAUGGCACACUUUUGAGGAGUUGCUGAUCAACACAGCAGGUUUGAAGAGAGAUGUCAUCCGUGAGAGCAAGGUUCGAAGGGCCAGCUUCAUCCACGAGUUGCUGAAGGAAAAUCUCCAGACCUACGAGACUGCAGAGGCGUGGCCAUACAAUGCUCAAUGCAUUUGGCACUCGCGUCGGGACUUUGGCAAAAAGCUGGCCAUUGGCUCCGCUGUUGCCGCAGGGUCGGUAGGCACAGCUUUGGCCUUUGGAGUUUUCCUCUCCGCCUCCUCCGCUGCUGCCGUGGCCGCGGCGGAAGCGGGCGCCGCGUCGGCGGAGGCAACCGCAGCGGCAGCUGCUGCCAACAGUUGGUGGGCCUGGGCCUUCGGCUUUGGGCAAUUCUCCGCAGCCGCCACGGCGGCCUCUGGCGCCGCAGCCACGGCCGAAGCAGCAGCAGCCACGGCUGCAGCAACUGCUAGCGCCUGGGGCCUGGGUAGUGCCAUUGCUGGUGCUUCGACGGCGGGCUUGACGAUCUCAGCUGCCACUGCUGGAAGUUCAUCAGAUGGCGUGUCGCACAUUGCCGGGAUGACGGUUGUUCACGCCUCUGCAGUUCGCGUGCGCGACGUCCGCCUGGCUUUCCGCGGCUUCAAAUCCAACGCCUCAGCGGAACGAAUCAAAGCUGGGAAGAGCUAUCGAGAUGUGUUGUUCUACCCAGAUGGCACUGCCAAAUGGAAUCGCUCUCAAGAUCUAGGUUCGCUGCCGUAUCCGUUCCUGCUUUGCCAUCGAAAAAGUUCGGCUUAUCUGACAUUCGAUGGUUCACAAGUCCAUGCAUGCACUGCUCGAGAUAGGCCUGGACAGUUGUGGUGGGCCGUGCCUGAUGAACGUAUACCUGGAGAGUUUGUGCUGCAGAAUGCUGAGCAUUUGUGCAACCUUCGCCUCGAAGAACCCCUGUGGCUUUCCCCGGACCGACGGAUGGCCGUCAGGUGCACUCCGGAAGUUCCAGGGCAAAACUGGAGCCUGAGCCCAGGCUUUGAGGAAGGAUCGGUUGCGUUGCGGAACGUACAGCUGGGUCAACAGCUCUACUACGAUGGUUUCUUCAUGGGUGCUUUCCACGAGGCCUACGAGGAUCAAGACUGGCAAGUGCUUCCACAGGUGCCUUUCUACAUUGGUCACUUCAGGGAAAUGCGGAUGUCAGGUAAGGGUCAAUUCUUUUGGCCGAACGGUGCGCCUUUGUUCAAGGGAAGCCUGAAGGCGGGCAAAGUUGUGGAUGGUUUCGUCUUCGAUGAACGCUGCAUUUGCCACGGACAUUUCAGCUUUAGCGAUGAGGAUGAGCCGACACUGGCAGGUCUGCAGCCAGAAGAUGCCACGGAAGGAGAAUCUCUAUGCGAAGUCUGUAAAGAGGUGCCAAAUAUGGCAAGCAUGGGGAAAGCCUUCAAGCCUUGCAACCAUGGUGGCACCUGUGAGUCUUGCGCCGCUGCAGUACGUGAGUGUCCCUAUUGCCGUUCACCAGUUGAAGGGGUGCAUCGAGUGACAUGA